GGCUCUGCCUCCAUCCCGGCUCCCAGCUCCGAGCCCCUUCCUUCCCCUGCUGCCUGCGGGGACCCAGCGGUGCUGCCGCUCUGCCGCCAGCCCAGCCCCGGCAGGGAGAGCCCGGGACAUCAGCAGCAGAGGGGAAAAGUGCGCUGGGCUCAAAGGAUGCUGUCCUGACUCCGGCCAUAAGGCAGCAAAUCCCAAAAGCUGCGGGAUGCUCCCGGAGGAAUCGCCAAGCUCGUGGUCUGAAGCAGGGACUGCUGCCUGCUCUGAAAGGAAAUCGACUUUUUGACCGUUCCUAAUGAGAAACUCAGAACUCCAUACUCCUUACGCCCUGAAUUAGGAGAGAAGAGAUCCCCCAGAGGUUUGGCAAAGCGGAGAACAACCUUCCCCAGCUCACCCAAGGACAAACCACCUGCUGUGGGAGAGAGAAGCUGGCAGAAAGCUGAUUGCUCAGUCUGCCUGGAGAAACCAACACUUGCAAGGACCAAAGCUGUGCAAACCUUCGCAGCUCAGCUUGAGAGCAGGACCAAAGCUUUUCACCAUCCAAAGGAAGUGACCUACCAAAAGGAGACCCAAAGUAUUUUUAGGACGGAAUAAAAGCCAGAAGGAAGUGUAAAUCACAAGUGUGAUGCUCGUUGUCAUCAUGACAGAAAUGUGCAAAAUGGUUUGCAAAGGCCUGUCCCUCGCAGUUUGCUCAAGGGUGUGAGCAGCAGCCUUGGCACCGACAGGAUGGAGCAUCUCUUGCUGAAGCCAUCAUGCCAUCUGUGCUAAGUUCCCUCUCCUGACCUCCUUUGUGAGUCUGGUGAGGGGAGGAGGCAGGAGAUCCAAAGGUAAAUGCAGAAAAUGGACCAAAGCUGACAGAGAGCAAUGACUGAGAUUUAUUUCAAGUUCCGCGGAAACCUGACGGGCCGUGUCCACCUUCCAACUCUGGCUACUGAAGUAGACACAACAGCAGACAAAUAUUCUGGCCUCUACGUGUACGUGGGAUUGUUCCUCACCCUCCUGGCUCUCCUCCUGAUCCUGCUUUUCUCCAUGCUCCUGCGCCUGAAGCACGUUGUGUCCCCCAUCACCUCCCCAGAGAGCACCGAGAACGUGCAGCAGUUCACAGACGUGGAAAUGCACAGCAGGAUCCCCACCACUUAGGGAGCCCACAGCAAAGAGGGCUCCGUGCCUGGGAAAGGUGUUUUCUUCAGCAAAAGGUGGUGGAGAGAAGCUCUGGCUGCCUGUUGAGCCCCACGAAUUCCUGCAGAACCCUCAGCAGCAUCUGGAGAGUGUCACUGGCUGUUGGCACUACAGGCAGCAUGUGUGCAGCAGCCUCCAUAAAAUCAACGUUACAGAAACGCACUGCUGUCAGGGAAGGCUCACACCCCUCUAAAAACCUUGCAGGAAAUGGGAAAAGCCACAUUAAUGACAGCCAAAAGCACAGAGAAACACAGCAGGAUGUGUCCUGGAGCCUGUGCUUGCUGCCCUCUCUCUCUGAAUCAACAAAGUUCAAGUGGUGUGAGUGGGAAGAGCCCACGGGGCACGCAGAGAAAUUGUCAGUGGCUUGAAAAUUCUCAGGCAUUUCUCCCAUUCAAGAAGGAAAACAUGAAAUUGUUCUCUUUUUUCACUUGAAUGGCAAUUUGGAAAUUAAACAACGGAUUUUCACAAAUAUAGAAAUGUUUCAUCACCCGUUGAAACUCCUUCUUUCUGACAUUAGAAGCCAUUUAGUGAAUAGUUGCACACCAGAUAUCAAAAAGAGACAGAACUUUAAAGAGGAAAGAGAAUAAAGCCAAAAUUUAAGGAAGGUUUAAAAUAAAAAGACGCAGCAGCAGCAGGAAAUGAAAAUAAAAAACUUAAAAGACACUCUACCUCUUCCUUUGUCCUCCUUUACAUUAACUGGGAUGAAUAUAAACAUUUUUAUGCCUUUUAGGCUCCCCAGUAUCACUCAGUAAUUAAAAUGCAGUGUAAGUUUUGGGAGCCCAAUUGACAUUGCUCUCCUAACAGACUCGAGUUCAUAAUAACAAUAAUAUGUUCUCUUAUAUCCAUAUUGGGUUUUCUUCCUUUCUUCCAAAGUUUUUCUCAUUUUUUUUCCUCCAAGGAAAGCUGAGGAAAUGCCCUGGCCUGGCACUGCA